AUGCGUCGUCUGCAAAAACUGCAAGAGCUCUGCGAAUUCGAUCGAUACCCGGUACAAUAUGAGCGUUUAGAACCGACUGGCGUACCCGAUGAUACCCGUGCCGCCGAGCUCGCGAAACGAAAAUUUGAUUUACGAGCGAAGGCAAAUUUACGACUCGUCAGCGAAUCGAGGCGGUCCGAGCCGGCCCAUCAAAAGUGCUAUCGUGCCAGCGUCGAAAAUAUUGAGAACCGGUGCUGUAUGCUAGCCGGGUGUGUACGCUAUACACGAGUAGUGACGGGCGCGUUCGGACAUCAAAACCCGCUCUCGUACCACCGCAGCGGUGCAUAUUAUAAUUUGUCGCACGGCCGGACUACAUAA